AUAACAAUUACUACCAAAUACACACACACACACACACAAACACACACACACCCACAACAACACACACUUGAGGAGCCAAAGAUUUUGAAACACUAUUCCAAAUUUCUAUCAUAUUGCGGAUGAUAAGUGCAAACGUUCUUUAAAACAAAAAAAUAAAUAAAUAAAAUAAACAAAGUAUUCGGAAUUCGCAAUUGGCAAAUCGCAAGCUGCUAAUUGCACAAUUCGCUGAUCGCAAUAAAACAUAAAAAUCACUUCCACCACAAAACGAAAAAGAACAACAAUAAAAAACAAAACAAAAACCAAUCUCCGAUUGAGAUACAAAUCGAGUGGCCGGAUUGUUACAUAGAUCAAGCGAUCGUAUUUAGCGCAAAGGCUGCUAUCAAAAUGCAUAUUGAAAUACAAGUGGCUUUGAAUUUUGUCAUUUCGUAUCUAUAUAAUAAAUUGCCACGACGACGAGUCAAUAUAUUUGGCGAGGAACUGGAGAAGGCUUUACGCGACAAAUUCCAAGGACACUGGUAUCCAGAGAAACCCUUUAAGGGUUCGGCAUAUCGUUGUCUCAAAACUGGUGAUCCGAUUGAUUCGGUACUGGCGCGUGCAGCUCGUGAAAGUGGUGUACCUAUAAGCGAUAUACUUGAGAAUCUACCCAAUGAGCUGUCCGUCUGGGUUGAUCCGGGCGAGGUCUCGUAUCGCAUUGGCGAGAAAGGCGCUGUUAAGAUACUCUAUACGGAGAACAAUGAUAAUCACGAGGAUAGCCACUCGGCCGAUCGUGAGGUUACCAAAACGUUCAAUCCAGAGGCACAAUGCUUUCGUCCCAUCGAUGUGGUCAACACGACCAUGAACAAUUUGAGCUUAAGCCCAAAGGCACUGCCGCUACCGUUGCCAUUGCCGCCGUCUGGCUCCUCACCGCACUCGGCCGCCUCAAGCUCGCCCACAUAUAAGGGCAGCCCGAAUCCCAAUGGCGGUGGCUCCAGCGGUGCCAGUCUAUCUGGCAGUAACAAUGUGACUGCCACCGCUACAGCCGCCGCCUUUGUGCAGCGCGCUGCUCAGGCUCCGCUAACAUUCACAACGGCCACCUUUGCUCAGACGAAAUUCGGAAGCACCAAACUAAAGACUAGUUCCAAGCGUACCAAUAGCAGCUCGUAUCGCAUGUCGCCCACUGAAUUCUCCAAUUAUAUUAAGCAGCGCGCCAUGCAACAGCAGCUGCAUCAUGGCCACAGCGUUGGCGGCUCAUCGGCUUCGGCAUUUGGUGCAUUGGAUGCCGUCUCGCCGGCGCGUUCGCUCUCACCCAAUCCCUUGGCAUUGGGUGGCAAUCAAAGCAACGCGUCUGGCGGCGGGCCGGCAGCUGCUGCUGCUGCUGCUGAUCCAUUCUAUUAUCCCAACAUUUCGAUGGGUCUGUAUCCACAGUAUAACGGUCAGCGCAGCCUCUUUGAGCCACAUUUCAAUCCGGAUGCAGCCAGUCUUAGCCUGUUCGGCGGUGGAGCUGCCACUGCAGCUGCGGCCAGCAAUAGCUUCAGUACUUACCUGGAACCAUGUUACUUUGCCAAUGGUCACCAGCAACAACAACAGCAGCAGCAGCAACAGCUUAAAAACAAUUUGGAGCAUGCCAACAGCAGCGAGAGCUGCUUUGGGUUAGAGACGGACUGCAGCAUUGCUAGCGCUGGUGUCGAGGAAUCUGGCAAUUCAGCUGGCGGCGCAGCUACUGGCGAAUCAUCAACAGAUAAUAGUCCGAUAGCCACGCCUACAGCUGGCGUUGUGCCCGGUCUGAACACAAUCGCUGCAACGGCUGCAUCGACCGUAUCUGCGGCAAGUUCCGCUGCCGCUGCCACUGCCACUGCCGCUGCCACAACGGCUGCCACAUCGAACGGAGCCAACACUCAGGACUCGACAGCUGCUGCAGCUAGCAACAGUAAACUAAUUGAUGGUCUCAGCUCGUUCUAUGGCACCGGAUCCUCCUACCAGCAGCUACUGGUUGCCAACUAGGCAGCUACCGUCGCCCACCCAGCUAAGGUCACUGUGACCCGCAAGAGACAGAAGCACGAGAAUCGCCAAACAAUAUGCAAACCAACAAAGAGACGACGAACGAGGAUUGUUCCAAACGCAAGCGGCCAAAGGCAUCUUAAUUUGAAUUGAAGAUAAAUGUUGAAUGGGCGCCAGAAACUGGCCCCACAAAAAACCCCUCCCCCUACCCCCAUCUAGAAUAUAUAGAAUAUAUACACUAUUGUCAGAACGUUGUACAAAAGUCAGGGCAGUGCAGAGACGGACGAAGGAAAUGAAGCGACGAUAUAGCAAGUCUCACUGUAACCAUUUGAAAUAGCAAUAUCCUAACUCAUGUAUUACUUCAAAAAAAAAAAACACAAACAAACAAACAACCAACAAAGAAACAAACAAACAACAACAA